AUGGGUUGGGUAGACGAAGCUCCAAGAGCCGGUGGCCUCUACAUUGGAGGCCUACAUGCAUUGUACCAACGCCAGGAUUUGUUCCGCGACGCUAGAAUCACUCACAUCCUGUCCGUGCUCGACUACGACCUCUACGAGACUGGUCAUUUCAAGGACUAUACUACCAUGCAAGUUCGGUUAGACGACGAUCCGAAUGAGAACAUAGUAGCGCGCUUUCCGGAUACAAACAACUUCAUCGACACCGCGAUCAAAGCUGGUGGCAGGGUGUUUGUUCAUUGUGCUAUGGGCAAAUCGAGAUCGGCUACUAUCAUCUGUGCUUAUCUUAUGUGGAAGUUUGGCGUGUCUCCUGACGAGGCACUUUCACAGCUUCAGGAAGGGCGCGGAGUCGCAGACCCAAAUCCUGGCUUCUGGGAGCAGCUCGAGGUAUAUGAUACCAUGCUGAAGGUCGAGGAUCCUGCCGAAGCCAAGCGAGUCUACGACGAGUGGUUGAAAACACGUUACACUGGCGAUUGGUGCACGCGAGACCGGAGGCGACAGGCAGCAGCGAAGCUUUGA